AUGCAAUUAGGAUUAACUAAAACUUUAGCCAAGACUCAAAGACAAUCAGGGGUGAGAGCAUUCACUACUGGUUACACCAAUUAAGCCUUGAUCGACAAAGAUCACAAAUACUGUGCCUAGAAUUACAAGCCACUACCAGUAGUUCUCUCUAAGGGUCAAGGUCUCUAUGUUUGGGAUGUUGAGGGAAAGAGGUAUUUUGACUUCCUCUGCGGAUAUUCAUCUAACAAUCAAGGCCAUUGUCAUCCUAAGAUCAUCAAGGAAUUUGUUGAACAGGCUUAAAAAAUCACACUCCCUUCUAGGGCAUUCUACAAUGAUCAGAUGGGCUUAACUGCCGAGUAUCUAACCAAACUCCUCGGAUACGAGAAGUUUUUACCUAUGAAUACAGGAGUAGAAGCAUGCGAGACUGCAGUAAAAAUCGCUAGAAGAUGGGGAUAUGUGGUUAAAAAAAUACCUUAGGACAAGGCAGAGGUUGUCAUGGCUAACGGCAACUUCUGGGGCAGAUCAAUCACUGCUUCAGGCGCCUGCGAUGAUCCAUCUAGAUACACUAACUUUGGUCCAUUCACUCCUGGUUUUCCUCUUAUUCCAUAUAAUGACAUUGCUGCUGUGAAGAAAGUAUUUGAAUCAAAUCCAAAUAUCUGCGGCAUCAUGUUUGAACCCAUUUAAGGUGAGGGCGGAGUUAUCGUACCAGAUGCCAACUAUCUUAAAAAUGUAAAGGAACUCUGCAAAAAACACAAUGUAUUGAUGAUGCUAGAUGAGGUAUAAACAGGCUUUGGUAGAACGGGCAAGCUUAUGGCCUCAGACUGGGAAGGUGUGAAACCUGAUAUUGUCUCAGUAGGCAAAGCUCUUUCAGGAGGAACCAUGCCAGUAAGUGGAGCAUUCUGUGAUGCUCAUAUUAUGGAUAACAUCAAGCCUGGAGAUCAUGGCAGCACUUUUGGAGGUAACCCUCUUGGCAUGGCUGUUGCUAGAGUAGCUAUUUAGACCCUUAUUGAGGAAAGAAUGGUUGAAAAUGCUCUUGCAAUGGGAGAUGUAUUCGCAGAACAAUUAGAGUCGAUUAAGUCACCACUUAUGAAAGAAACUAGAGGAAGAGGUCUAUUCAGAGCGAUUGAGGUAGUUAGUGACGCUAAAGUCAAGGGUGACGACCUCGCUUAUAUUCUCAUGAAAAAGGGACUCCUUACUAAGGCCUCGCAUGAUUACUCAUUGAGAUUAGCACCCGCUCUCAUUAUCAAGGAGAAAGAAAUCGUUGAGGCUACCAACAUCAUCAAGGAAGGUUUCUAGGAGUUAGAAAAGUUGAACAAAGAAAGAUCUUAAUUAUGA